AUGCUACAACCACUACCAGUGACAUCACUAGACUUGGUCCUCUUCCUCUACUACAUCCGCGAAUUCCUCAUAUCAGGCCAAAUCGAAUCAUUCUACACGUUGACUUUAUCCUUCUACACGACACGAAUCGUCGCCAUUGGAUACCUAAAGUACACGAAUGAUACAAGUAAAGGAAAUGCUGCCAAUUCGACGCGUUUCUUUCUGGGAAAGACAAUCCAAGACUCAACAUGGCAUAUGAUUACAAGCGCAGUCUACUCUACUGCAACGACUUUUACGGGGAUUUGUGGAUUGGUGAUGCUAUUAGUGGUGUUUGGACUGCCUCUAUUCGAUCAAGUUGAAGCUACGUGGUUGGCAAGCUGUUUCGUCGGUUCACUUGUGAUACUUCCUGCAUCCAACAUUCUGGGGAUUAAUGAAGCUGCUUGGACGAGAUUUCUUACAUUAAAACCUGAAACACCAGAAGAAAAAGAAUUAUUGCACACACUGUUCGCAUGUCUUGGUGGAAUGUGGGUUGGAGGUUUGGCUACUCCAUUAGACUGGAAUCAAGCAUGGCAGAUAUGGCCCGCACCAACAUUUAUCGGCAGUUUUGUCGGAUACAGCAUCGCAACAUUGUCAACACUAUCAACACUCAAAGUUUAA